GCUUCCGCAACUUCCGCAUCGAAACAGGCUACCCGGGGAAGUGGUGGAGUCACCAUCCCUGAAGCUCGUUUAAAUACCUCGCGCAUUCGAAGAAUAAAUAGCUGAAUUAAAAGUUAGCACGUCCCUCAAAUGUUAUUGUGUGAAUCGCAGCAGAUAAGCUCGCACAGCAGCGGGAUGUUUAUGCAGCAUGAGUUAAUGAGAAGGAGAUUUACGUGACUCUGCAUUGCCUUCGUUGAACUCACCUAGUGUUGAAGGUGAUGCUAUCAAAGUUUACGUAAGAGUACGUCCCCCUUCAGAGGGAACUGUGUUAACCGAUGGAGAUCAAGGCUUGUGUUUAUCUGUUCUUUCAUCAAAUACCAUCCGUCUGCAUUCGAAGCCUGAGCCAAAGAUCUUCACUUUUGAUUAUGUUGCAAAUAUGGAAACAACACAGGAGUCCGUGUUCUCAAGUGUGGCCAAAUCUGUGGUUGAAUCUUGUAUGAAUGGCUACAAUGGAACCAUCUUUGCAUAUGGCCAGACUGGAUCAGGAAAAACCUUUACUAUGAUGGGACCAUCUGAUUCUGAUAAUUUCACUCACAGUCUGAGAGGCGUAAUUCCACGGAGCUUUGAAUACUUAUUUUUUCUAAUUGAACGUGAAAAAGAAAAGGCUGGCGGUGGAAAGAGUUUUCUCUGCAAAUGCUCGUUUAUUGAAAUCUACAAUGAACAGAUAUUUGACUUGCUAGAUUCUGCUUCAGCUGGACUCUUUCUCAGAGAACACAUCAAGAAGGGAGUCUUUGUUGAUGGUGCUGUUGAACAGGUGUUGUCAUCUGCUGCUGAAGCAUACCAGGUAUUAACUAUGGGCUGGAGAAACCGUCGUGUAGCAUCGACCUCAAUGAACAGGGAGUCCUCAAGAUCACAUGCAGUUUUCACUAUCACAGUGGAAUCAAUGGAGAAAAACAAUGAAAUUGUUAACAUUCGGUCUUCCCUGCUCAACCUGGUAGACUUGGCAGGAUCUGAGAGACAGAAAGACACCCAUACAGAAGGACUGAGGUUAAAGGAAGCAGGUAACAUAAAUCGAUCACUAAGUUGCCUGGGCCAAGUAAUCACAGCACUUGUUGAUGUGGGUAAUGGAAAACAGAGACACAUUUGUUACCGGGAUUCCAAGCUGACUUUCCUAUUACGGGAUUCCCUUGGUGGUAAUGCAAAAACAUGUAUAAUCGCCAAUGUUCAUCCAGGAUCCAGGUGUUUUGGUGAAACACUGUCCACCCUUAAUUUUGCUCAGCGAGCAAAGCUGAUUAAAAACAAGGCUGUGGUAAAUGAAGACACACAAGGAAAUGUGAGCCAACUGCAAGCUGAGGUUAAGAAGUUGAAAGACCAGCUUGCUCAACUGACUUCAGUACCAUCUAUGCGUCACGUUUCUGUAUCACAAGGUGCUGUUGAUGAAGGGAAGAACAACAUAAAUUACAUGAGCAACUUUCUUGAAGCAAUGUUGUUCUGGGUGAAAUCAGAAGGUGAAAAGAAGAAUUUAUUAGAAAAAAUUGCUCAACUAGAAGAUCUGUGUGCCAAGAAGGAGAAAUUCAUUCAGUCCAAUAAAAUGAUAGUUAAAUUCCGUGAAGACCAUAUCGUUCGCUUGGAGAGAUUACAUAAGGAGUCUGGUGGAAGUUUAUUGCCAAAAGAGCAGAAUGAUCUUCUCAGUGAGUUGAGACAGGAAUUGCAGAUGCUCAGAGAACAGACGGAACAACACCCACGAAUUGCAAAGUACGCCAUGGAGAACCAUAACCUCAGAGAGGAGAAUAAAAGACUUCGUUCUUUACAGUCAGUUAAAAAGGCCCAAGAAAUUGAUGCUCAGACUAUUGCAGAACUAGAAAAAGCUUUUUUGGAAGCUUCAGCUGCAGAGAAAAAUACUGGAGGUCAUCAUUUAUAUUCUACCACCGUAUCAGUGGAAGGCAACUCCCUGGCAUCUGUUGAAAAGCUGAAGGCACGCCUGCUACAGACUCAGAGUGAACUGGCGAGUUCAAAACAAGAAUAUGAAGAAUUCAAAGAGCUAACCAAGAAAGAGCACAUGGAACUGCAAUCGGAGCUUCAAUCCCUUCGGAAAGCAAACCAGCAUCUUGAAAACAUUCUGGAAGCAACCAAAGCACACAAGCGCCGAGAAGUAUCUCAGUUACAUAAACUACAUAGAGAAACUCUGAAGAACAUAACCACUCCAACAAAAGCUUACCAGCUAAGAUCUCGCCUAGUGCCGCGAAUAAGCCCAGAAAUCUUGGAUUACCAUUCUGAAGAUUUUCAGUGUUCUGAAGUGAUGGAUGACAUUUUGAAAGAGCCAGUUCCCCCAGAGAUGAAUGAACAAGCAUAUGAGGCCAUUGCUGAGGAGCUUAAAGUGGCACAGGAGCAACUGAGCACAAUGCAGACAAGGCUGGAUGAAGAGGAAAGCAAAAAUAUAAAACUUCAGCAGCAUAUUAAUAAACUGGGGCAUCAUUCUGCACAAAUACAGGAGCUUCUUUCAUCUGAAAGGAAUGACUGGAGUAAAGAGCGUCAGGACCUCCUUGAACAGAUAAAAUCGCUUGAAAAGCAAUUUCAAGACAGUCAAAGCAAGGCUGAUAUAUUAAAAAGUGAAGUCUACGACUUGCGCAUUGUCUUGCAUUCUGCAGACAAGGAGCUGUCUGCUGUAAAAUCAGAAUAUAGUGCCUUUAGGGAAAAGCAAGAGAAAGAAAUGAGUCAGCUUUCUGGUAGACAUAUGGACGUACAGUUCCAGCUGGACAGCGUCAGGCUAGAACAUGAAAAGAUUCUUGAAGAAAAAGCAAGCCUGCAGGAUGACUAUGACAAUUUGCAAGAAGUAGCGAAGUUUGAGACAGAUCAACUGAAGCAACAACUUAAGGACAGAAACCAAGAAGCUGAAACAAUGAAAACUGAGCUUUGUAACCUUUUGAAACUCCUGAAAACAGAAAAAGAACAUAAUGAAAAACUAACGCUACAAUUACAAGAAGACAAAGAAAACAAUUCAAAGGAGCUCUUGAAAGUACUUGGAAAUGGUCAAGUGGAGAAACCAUCCUCUGAAAUGGUGACACGAUGUGAGCAGCAGGAAGCAAAACUGCAGAAAUUGGAACAGGAGCUGGCUGCUGCUCAAGAGUUUAUUGUUUCUUUGAAGAAGACAAAUGAUGCAGAUAAGGAAGUUGUAACUGACUUGAUGAGACAGAUCCAGGAGCUGAGGUCUUCAAUUAAUCACAAAACUGAAUCCAUAGAUGGGCUGACAAGAGAGCUUGAGGAUAUAAAUUGCAAGUAUAAUCUUGUUCUGGCUGCAAAAGAAGAAAGCAAAGUAAUCAUAGAGGAUCAAGAAAAGAAGAUUGAAGAACUGAGAGAAGCUUUGGAGAGAAAACAAAUAGCUGAUAAUAUUGAGAGAGACCUUUUGUGUGAAGACUUGCAUCAUACCACUGAGCAGCUGAUAAGUCUGACAGAGGCCUCUAAGAAACAUGAUUCAUUGCUUCAGUGUGCCCAGGAAGACAUAACAAAGAAAGAAGCUCUAAUCCAGGAACUCAAGGAACAGUUGCACAAAAUGACGGAAGAACUGGAGAAGAGGAAGAAUGAAUAUGAACUAAAAAUGAAGCAAAUAGAUUGCUUUGUGGACUCAUCUUCAGUAACAUUUCCUCAGUGUCCAAAAACUCCUCCCAAUUUUGAUGUGAACUUGGUAAAGCUCUUGGAAACUCAUGAGCAAGAAAUAGCUGAUCGGAGGGCUUCUGCAAUAAACCUGGAGCACCUUGUACAUGAACUGAAUGAAGAACGAAGAGCUAAAAAUGAUGAAAUUUUAAGGCUGAAGGAACAAUUAAAUGAGUUGGAGAACAUGCGUCUGGAAAUGCAGAUAUUGGUGGAGAACAACAGGAACUUACAGAGCCUUGUAGAAGCUCAGAGACUGAGCAAGAACAGUGAUCAGAAACAUCCUGAUGUUCAGUACCUCAAAGAGAAAGAGGAGGAGAUUGCUGAGGAACGACUGGCCAAGAGUAAAGCAAUGGAGGAGAUGCUGAAAAUCAAAGCAGAAUUAGAAGAGACCAAAAACACCCUCAAAAUCAAAGAGAAUACUUGUCUUGAAAUGACUCUGGAGAUGGAACGAACAAGAGCUUUGGAGCUGAAAGCAUUUAAUGAAAAAGAAGAAAUUAGAUCAAAACUGGAGGAAAUGUAUGAAGAAAGAGACAGAAUUGGAAAGGAAAUGGACUUGCUGAGGAAGCGAGUUAACUCUCUUACCGAGGAGAACGGGAAAUUACUUGGUCAUCAAAACCUAAACCAGAAGAUUCAGUAUCUUGUGAAACUGAAGAAAGAUUACGCUAAACUUAGUGAGGAGACUGAAAAGCUACGAAUUGAAAAUGCUUUUCUGAAGGAAUCAAAAAAAAAUGUGACAUAGGUAGACACAAUGAUCAGCUAUAAUGACACAAAUGAAACUGCAGAGCCAUCUUUUUGAAGUGUACAGAAUAAGCAAAAGCCAGGUAUCAAACUUGACUUUUGCUGUAGUCCUGUAAUAAUUAAGUAGUUUCUGGAUUUUUUUACUGGCAAUAACUUUAGUGAAGAAUUUUUAUUCCAGCUAAGUUGGCAGCUUUCAAUGAAAUAUUAACGCCUUCCUAUAAUGUUUUAAAAACUGAUUUUGUGUAGGUGCUGGAAGAUACUUCCUUGAAACUUUUUUACCCUUUGGUACCUUGCUAAGGAAAAGCUUUCUCACGGGGAACACACUUGCAUUCUUGUUUCCUUUUGUGCUUUUGUUCAGGUUUCGACCUCUUCCAAAUUUCUAAAAGCACAAUUUCUUUGAGUUAGUGUGUUUGGUUUUGUUUGUUUUUUGUUUUGUUUUUGGUAAAACAUAGGGCAAUUUUACUGGAUUGCUUAAAAAUAAUUUUAAUAUUGAAGUUUGUUCAUAAAGCAUGAAUGUGAAUUUAGUAAUAGACUUGUAAAUAGUACUAUAAAUAUAUUCUGGCUUUGUAGUCUUUCUCUAUUUGAAAUUAAAAUGUUUUUUAAACAUUUUUUCCCCCAGUAUAAACUUAGAGCAGACUUCUACAUUGGCAUCAUAGGAAAUUCUUUCGAAGUAUUUUGCAAUCAUUUUCUUAUCAAACUCAAGUUAGAAAUGUUAACAAACACGAUCUGAAAAUAUGCAGGACAUUUUACGAGUAUGCUGUAAGUUUAUGUAAUCACACUUAAGAUUUACUGCAAAUAACUGAAACUUGUUUAGUGGGACACAAAAACAUUGGCUUAUAUACUAAUAUAACACACUUGUGAGUUUAGCCCCCCCUUUUUUUUUUACUGUCAGUAAUACCAUAAUUCUUUUUUUGGCUACUUUGGACAGUACUACUUUUGCCCACAAGCCAUGGGGCGAAAGGGAAUGAAGAGAAAGGUGUUAACUGCAGCAUAUUCCUAGUGUGUAUUUCAGUACUCAGCUGAGGGAAAGCACAUUUUCCCCCAGAUUAUGUAGGACUUUUAAAGUUACCUAACUGUGUGGAUGUGUUUCCACUUUGUGGAGUAUAGACAUAAAAAACCCUUAAACUGGGGAGUUGGUUUUUUUCUGUAGACAACAAUAGAAAUCAGAAGUAACUAACAAUUACUGUAAUAGCAGUUUAGAGGGGUUUGCCUUGGACCACAAAGCUUUUGUUUUCUGUUGUCUUGCUGUCGUUGUUAUUGACAUCUUCUCCAUUUAUAAAUGUUCCUCAGCCUGUUUGUGUGACUGUUCCUGGACUAUUUCCACGCAGACAGGGGUUUCUGCCGCUCCCGGGUAGGGGAGGCUCGAUCCCUGUUUGCUCACCCGUGAACCUUACUCUGUGUUCUGUCUACAACAGGACCUCUUGUCCUCAUACUCUUUUUUUUUUAAAAAAAUAAAGCUUUUGUAUAUAAAUCAA